AUGGCGUCUGCUGAUCUCCGGGCUGAGCUGAAAUGUCCCAUCUGCCUGGAAAUCUACACCGAUCCGGUGAACCUGCCGUGCGGGCACAACUACUGCCGCGCCUGCAUCGACCGUAUGCUGGAUACUCAGGCCGGGGCCCAUACCUGCCCCGAGUGCCGGACCACGUUCCCGAACCGCCCCGCGCUGCAGAAGAACAUCACCCUGUGUAACAUUGUCGCCAUCUUCUCCUCCGCCAACCCCGAGCCGAGCGGCACCGCCAUUAACUGUUCUUAUUGCCUAUAUUCUGCCGUUCCUGCCGUCCAGUCCUGUCUACACUGUGAAGCUUCUCUGUGCCCCAACCACCUGAAUGUCCACAGUAAAUCGUCAGAACACGUCCUGACCGAAGCCACCGGGACCCCCGAACGAUGGAAAUGUCCCCUCCACAAGGAGAUCCUGAAGUAUCACUGCGCGGUGGACGACGCUUGUAUCUGUGUCACCUGUUGUUUGGUCGGAGAUCAUCAUGGACAUCAGGUGGAGCUGCUGGUGGACGCCUCCGAGAAGAAGAAGGAGACAUUGAGAAUCCUCCUGAGACAACUCUCCUCCAGACGAGACCAAAUCCAGAAGAAGAUCCAAGAUCUAGAGGAAGGUGGACUAAGAGAACCCGGGGGCGAAGAGCUCACCGUCCUGUGUGCAGACAUGAGGGGUGAGGAGGUCUUAUACACCAUCUCCAGCCUCGUCCAACUAUUCCGCAUCAAGAAGGAGAAGGUGUCCAAGAGAAUUCGACAAAUUGAGGAACUGUGCAACUCGAGCAAUCCGGUGACUGUCCUACAGGAGAAGAAUGAGGACCUUCAUGGAGAAGAAGAAGGAUGUGACCAAAAGCUUCAUGAUGACCUUGGGGACCGAGCCAAGCGCCAAAUCUCAGGAACCCAAGACCUUCUAGAGCUGGUUCUAGAUAUAAGCACGGCCGCCAAUAAUAUCCUAGUUUCUGAUGACCUGAAAACCAUGUACUGGUCCGCCGUGUACCAGAACCGGCCAGAGACGCCACAGAGGUUCCAGUAUAAUCAGAUCUUCAGCCGCCAGGUCUUCUCCUCAGGUCGACACUAUUGGGAGGUGGAAACCAGCGAAACGGGAGACUGGAGACUAGGUGUGGCCUACGGCAGAAUGGAGAAGAAGGGGGAUCAUUCUUACCUCGGGGACAAUGACAAGUCUUGGUGUCUCCGUAGGUUGUAUAAGAACCAGUAUUCGGUUAUGCAUGAUAACAUGGUGACCACCUGCCCUCAUACCUUCUUCUGUAAUAGAUUCCGGAUAUUUCUGGACUAUGAGGCUGGCCAAUUGUCCUUUUUUGAGUUGAGUAGCCCGGUCAGACACCUGCACACUGUUACGGCCACCUUCACCGAACCCCUCCAUGCUGCUUUUGGUAUAGGGUACUGGUUAUCUGGGGAACACUGCUGCCUGAAGAUCCUUCACCAGGAAUCACUCCCAUAAUGCAUAUAAUCCAGAAAAUAUCCAAAAAGAGACUCUUCUUGAUGGAGGAAAAAGGAGCAGACAGCAACGGAGGGCCACCGGGUCUAAUGUCCAUAGGUCAUCAAUAUUAGAACACAAGGUCCAACCUCCAUAACUAUGAGCCUGGCCAGUCGUCCUUUAUUAAUUAAAUUGGUCAGGACCUUCACCAAACCCUUGAUGUUUUUGGUUGUGGGGGGGGGGGGGGUCUUCUGCCUGAAGGUCCUCCCGUAAUCCACAUGUCCAUGGAGCUUAUUGGUGGUCCCGGAGGUUGAUGUCCAUGGAGCUCAUUGGUGGUCCUGGAGGUUGAUUUCCAUGGAGCUCAUUGGUGGUCCUGGAGGUUGAUGUCCAUGGAGCACAAUGGUGGUCCUGGAGGUUGACGUCCAUGGAGCUCAGUGGUGGUCCCGGAGGUUGAUUUCCAUGGAGCUCAAUGGUGGUCCUGGAGGUUGAUGUCAAUAGAGCUUAAUGGUGGUCCUGGAGUUUGACUUCCAUGGAGCUCAAUGAUGGUCCUGGAGGGUGAUGUCCAUAGAGCUUAAUGGUGGUCCUGAAGGUUGAUUCCCAUGGAGCUCAAUGAUGGUCCUGGAAGAUUAUGUCCAUAGAGCUUAAUGAUGGUUCUGGAGGUUGAUGUCCAUAGAGCUUAAUGGUGGUCCUGGAGGUUGAUGUCCAUAGAGCUUAAUGGUGGUCCUGGAGGAUUAUGUCCAUAGAGCUUAAUGAUGGUCCUGGAGGUUGAUGUCCAUAGAGCUUAAUGGUGGUCCUGGAGGUUGAUGUCCAUAGAGCUUAAUGAUGGUCCUGGAGGUUGAUGUCCAUAGAGCUUAAUGGUGGUCCUGGAGGUUGAUGUCCAUAGAGCUUAAUGAUGGUCCUGGAGGUUGAUGUCCAUAGAGCUUAAUGGUGGUCCUGGAGGUUGAUGUCCAUAGAGCUUAAUGGUGGUCCUGGAGGUUGAUGUCCAUAGAGCUUAAUGGUGGUCCUGGAGGUUGAUGUCCAUAGAGCUUAAUGG